AUAGUAGAGUUUGUAGGACUGUUUUUGUACAACAACUCAGUGCAAAUUGCGAGCUGAAAGAUGUCGGACGUGGAACUGUUAAGAGACCUAGUGGAAACAGUAGCAUCAGAACAAGGCUACAAGGAUUGUCGCAUCCAUCUGAAGCCGUUUUCAACAGGAGGAGCAAACUACACGUCUCAGUUGUAUUACGUAACUCUUUUACUUGAAGGCAAAGAUGACCUUAAUCUAUUUGCCAAAGUAGCAUGCGUAAGCGAGCACGUACGCAAACAAACAUCAUUUAAAAUAUACGACACGGAAAUGUAUUUCUACACGGAUCUGCUGAAGCGCUAUCAAGAAUUGGAAGAGAAACACAAAGUACCCGAAGAGCACAGACUAGCUACUGUCAAAUUCUACGGCUGCAAAAAGGAAUAUUUAAAGGAAAUAUUAAUCCUUGAAAACUUAUCUUCCAAGGGAUACGAGAGCUAUGAUAGAUUCAAAACAUUCGAUUGGGAAUACGCAUCAAAAGCGGUGACAGAACUCGCUAAACUACAUGCAUUAUCCAUAGCAUUGAAUAAACAAAGCCCUGAGGAGUUCAAAAGUUUGUCCAAGCGAUUGAAAUAUGACAUGAAAGCAGGAAACCUCAAGACGAUAAUAGAAAAUGUAAUAAGCAUGGCUUUGGCAGUGAUUAAAGAAGAGAAUAGAGAAAAAUUAGAAGUUUUUAUCAAGAAGUCGCAAGAGUAUGAGUUUGAUUACUUCUACAAAGUGCAGCAUGAGCCAGUGAUAAUGCAUGGAGACUUCAGAGCCAGCAAUAUUAUGCAUAGAUUACAUGAGGACGGGCAUUUGGAGGUCGUAUUGUUGGACUAUCAGAUGCUGAACAUCAGCAACCCGGCCAUUGACCUUAUGUACUUCAUCUUCAGCGGGUCAGACCAGGAGUUCCGCAGGCAGCAUUACAGCCAACUGUUAGACCAUUACCACACGGAAUUAAGCAACGCUCUGACAAGACUAGGCGUUGAUGUCGACACCACAUACUCUAAAGAGAAUUUUGAGGCUGAUUUGAAAGAGGUUCAGCCGUAUGGUCUGUUGGUGGGCAUGAUGAUGGUUCCCAUGGUAACCGUACUAGCGGAGGACGCGCCCGACAUGAGCACUGCCUCGGGCGACCUCGCAAAUUUUGCUAUCCCGCCCAACCAACUCGCAAUUACCCGACUCAACGAACUCGUUGAAGACUUUAUUAAAUGGGGCGUACUUUAAGUUUACUAAAAAUCACUUAAAUCAUACAAUAGAAAACAUAUCAUAACAGUUAUUGCGGUUCCUCUGGUAUUGCUGAUGUCUAUCGGCGUCGUUGAACACCUCGGUGUUCCCGCUGCUCGUUUGCCCCCUUCUAUUAUAAAAAAAAGAGUUCAGAGGUACAAAUCUUGACUAUACUUUAUUGGAUACGGAAAAGUUUGUGUUAUAUUUAUUUAAUAUUUACAAUUUUAAAUGUCGAUAUCCAGGGCACCUAGUACAAAAACUUAUUUAAAAACUAACAAACAAAUAUAUUUAAAAGUUUGAGCAAUAAUCGAAGAAAGUCUAAACACAUCUUUAAUUGUUAAAAAAAUAGACGCGCGUAUAUGUAUCCGUAUGUUAUUUGAUAACAUUAUAAGCGUUAGUAGAAUAAUUGAUUUAAAAAUAAAUAUUUUUACCUAGUAAAUAGUGUAUAAUACAAAA